AUGUCUGAAGAUGGCUUGCCUGUGCCCUGGACUGACAAAAAUGACAGGAAGAUGGAGGUAGAAGACAAAAGAAUCGAUUUUCUACAAGAAGUAACUUUAAAGAGCUUAAAGUUAAAACAAGACAAAUGGCAGAAAUUAAUCGCAGGAGAAGACAAUCGCACCAUCAUUAAUAGUUUCUUCGAAAAGUCAGACGUUAGCAACCUCAUCAUUUCGCUGAACACCUCAUCUCAACUUGUAGCCAGCCUGAGCUUCCCUCACACUCUCAAAAGCAAAGCUGUGUACUUCGUAAAAAAGAGCAAAGAAGUCUUAAACAAAGAUAACAUACGAAAUGUUAACGUUGGCGAUAUUGCCAACUCACCGGUAGAAGCUACAGCCGCUAUAGUUGAGGAGGUUCUUUAUUCCUUGCAUACCAACAAAGGAAAUUUGAAACAGUGGCCGAAGGUAGUAUCCAACGAUGUUGCUUGCCAUGCAAAUAAACUCAAGAAUGAGGUGUUUGUGGUACGUGGUCAGCUGAAGGGAAAAACGUUAUUACCUUUACCUCAAAAUGCCAGGUCCCUCGGAGACUCGGAUUUUUCUUGCAGGGCUUCUGGUUCUGUUGACAGCAAGUUAAUGUAUGCGUUUGAAACAAUAAUCAUUGACUGGACACAUCAGGUGUCAGAAGUUAUAAACAAAGACUCUGCACAGCCAGUGCUAGAUGGGUUAAAUCCUCUUCCAUCGGCAGAGUUUGACUUCUGGGAUAACAGGCUGAUGAACUUGAAGUGUAUACACGAGCAACUGAUGGAGCCAAAGGUUCGGACAAUGGCACAAAUAGUAAAAAAUGGAGCAAGCUCUUACUGGCCAGCAUUGAAGAACAUCUAUAAGGAUGUUAAGGAAGGCUUGUUAGAAGCUGAGGAUAUAGUGAUUUUCUUAAAGCCUUUGAAGAGGAUUGUUGAUGAAGUUGAAGAGUUGGAGUACUCACUGCUGCCAUCUUAUGUUGGGGUUGUGCUGCACAUAUUGUGCCUGAUAUGGGCCAAUUCAGAGUACUACUGCCGCCCAGAGAGGAUCAUUGUUAUUUUACAAGAGACCUGUAACCUGUUUAUUGACAUGACGAGGAACUUUUUAAGUCCCGAAGAGGUUAUGAAGGGUUUGCAAGGAGAAAUCGAUGAGAUGUUAGCAAACAUCAGGACCAGCAUUCUAACCCUUGUGACAUUCAGAAAGACCUACGAUCAGUGCAAGUUGGAUAUGGGCAAAUAUUUCAAUAACCGAAAAACGAAGAACUGGGACUUCCCCUGCUCUCUUGUAUUCACACGACUGGAUGCGUUUGUGCAGCGUUUGAAGAUGAUAGAGGAAGUUUAUGAAGUUUCUGUGGAAUUUCUCAGACUUGAGAAAGUGGACAUUCAAGGUGUAAGAGGAAACACCAUGGGAUAUUUGAUCAACUGUAUUUAUGAGGAAUUUCUGGAGCUUCUGAAGAUGUUUGCUGAAUGCAAAUAUGAUGCGAUUGACAUAGACGAGAAGAACUUUGAGGUAGAUUUCAAAGCAUUCCAGAAUAAGAUUACAGACUUUGAGAGACGGUUGGGGACCAUACUCUGCAAGGCAUUUGAUGACUGCACAUCUACAGAGUCUGCUUUAAAGCUCUUGGACAUGUUUAGCUUUGUUAUGGAGAGGCCUCACAUUCAUGUCCAGAUGGCAUCAAAGUACAAAACGCUAGUGGAAAUGUUUAGCGCAGAGCUGGAUAAGACUAAGCUGGUGUAUGAUGCUCAGAUGGAAACACUGGAACAAUGUAAAGGCAUCCCUCCCAUAGCAAAGAACAUGCCCCAUAUAUCUGGACAGCUGAAGUGGGCCCAAGAACUACGAGACAGAAUACAGGUCCCUAUGAAGAGCUUCAGGGCAAUUAAUCACCCGUGCAUGGACACUGAUGAGGCCCAACUUGUUUUCCGAAAGUAUGAUGAGAUGAUAGACCUGUUAGACAGUUACUGUGGGAACAUUUAUGCACAGUGGACUUCAAGAGUGGAUGCUGACUGCCAGUUCAACCUGAACCAGCCUCUGCUCUUAAGAGACCCAGAGACUAAUGUUCUGAGUGUAAACUUCAAUAAGCAGCUUGUUGCUGUACUGAGAGAAGUACAUUACCUCACCAUUCAAGGACAGGAAAAUAUUCCACCCAAUACAGGAGAUGUUUUUGCCAAGCGCGAGACCUUCCGAACCUUUGUCGGCAAUUUAGAUCUCAUUGUGUCUUGGUACAAUCAGGUGCGAGCCACUGUCUUGCCAGUGGAAUUUCCUCUUAUAGAAGAAGAACUAAAGAUGAUAGAUGAACAGCUUUCUCAUGCUGAGAGUACUCUCUGUUGGAAUAGUGAUGGAGUUUGGGAGUAUAUCCAGAAGAUGAGAGAUACACUACAUGACUUUCAGAGCAGGAUCAGCAUGGCCAAGUGUAAUGUUGACACCAUGCGUGCAAUGAUGAAGGAGUGGGCAGUGACUCCCAUGUUUGAGAGGAAAGACAGUAAGAAAGAUUCACUUCUUGAUCUAGAUGGUAGACAGGCUGCCCUAAAGAAGAGGUAUUCAGUUAUCAAACAGGAAGGAGUGAAACUCCAUGCUUUGACUGAGGAGAAUAGGCAGCUAUUCAGGGCCGAUGACAGCUCUGACUCGUGGAUGGCCUAUGUGGAUUACAUUGAUGAUAAAAUACUUCAGGGAUUUUUUACGGUUAUCCACGUGUCUCUCAUGUUCCUGGCGACAAACAUGAAUCCACAGUUGAACAGAAGUCCCUUGUUUGAAGUGAAGUUUGAACUAGAGGAUGAUGAUACAGCCUUCCACCCCUCCCUGGGCUUUGGGAUAUCAGACGGCUUCUAUGAUCUUGUUGAGAGCUUGAUCAAUGACGUCUAUAAAUCUGCAAAACUUGUCCAACGCAUGUCAAAGAUUAAGCAACUUAACUACCAAAUGGAGCUCGAUGAGUCCACUGAACUUGGUGAUCUACGGGAAGAAGUGAUGAAUCAAGUUGCUAAUGCCAUGAAUGAAGCACAGGACUUCAGUAGGCUCCUGUAUAAGUAUGCCUACCUGUGGCAGGAUGACCGUUAUGAGUUUAUGGAGCAGUUCCUCUUAUAUAGCAGAAUGCUGACUCCAGAGGACAUUGAAGCCCACGGUGAUGAGAACGUCCCCGUAAACCCUCCUACGCUGAAGGAGUUCAAAGGAGAGAUUGACAAAUAUGAGAAUCUGUAUGAUGAGGUGAGGAAGCUAGAAAACUCUGAAGUAGUGCAGGGGUGGUUACAGAUCGAUAUCCGGCCUUUCAAACAUGCGCUCCUCAACACCAUCAAGAGGUGGAGUCUAAUGUUCAAGCAGUUCCUGAUUGACAGAGUGACAAACAGUCUGACAGAACUAGAAGCCUUCCUCAAAGAAGUGAAGUCAGGACUGAAGAAGACUGUGGAAGAGGGAGACUAUCAGGGCCUGGUGGAGAUGAUGGGUCAUCUGAUGAAGGUGAAAGACAGGCAGGCGUCCAUUGACACCAUGUUUACUCCUCUGAAGGAAACCACUGAGUUCCUGAAGGAGUACAGAGAAGAACUGCCUGAUGAAGUCCAUGCACAGUUACAGGACCUACCAGAAAACUGGUCAAAUGUGAAGAAAAUGGCCUUCCACGUAAAGCAGAAUGUUGCUCCUUUGCAAGCAAAUGAAGUUAACAUUAUACGCCGAAAGUGCCAGCAAUUUGAGAUAAAGCAACACGAGUUUAGAGAGAGAUUCAGGCAACAGCCAUUCUUCCUCUUCUCUUUUGAGAACCCAUAUGAGGCUCUGGAUGAGGCUCAACUGAAUAUAGGGGAAUUGGAGACAGAGAUGGUAACCCUAUCUGGAUCAGCAAGCCUGUUUGAAGUGUCUGUCCCAGAUUACAAGCAGCUGAAGGCCUGUAGGAAAGACAUUGUUUUGCUGAAGGACCUCUGGGACAUGAUACUGCUGGUUAGAGGGAACAUGGAUGAUUGGAAGACAACUCUCUGGAAGGACAUCAACGUGGAGGAAAUGGACAUGGACACUAAAAAAUAUGCCAAAGACAUCAAAGCCCUGGACAAAGACAUGAAGGCGUGGGAUGCUUUCACAGGACUGGACAGCAUGGUGAAGAACAUGAUGACAUCACUGCGGGCCGUGGGAGACCUGCAGAACCCAGCUAUCAGAGGCCGACACUGGCUACAGCUCAUGAAUGCAACCAAGGUGAAGUUUGUUAUGUCAGAAAAAACUACUUUUGAGGACUUGCUAAAACUGAACCUCCACAAGUUUGAGGAGGAAGUGCGUGACAUCGUAGACAAGGCUGUAAAGGAGUCCAGCAUGGAAAAGACACUGCAUGAGCUGGACAAUAUCUGGAGUGCAAUGGUGUUUGAACAUGAAGCCCAUGGCCGAACAGGCACCAUGCUGCUGAAGCCCAAUGAAGAGCUGGUGGAAACUCUGGAGGACAACCAGGUCCAGCUGCAGACCCUUAUGACCUCCAAAUACAUUGCUCACUUUCUGGAGGAGGUGUCAGCAUGGCAGCAGAAGCUCUCCAUAGCCGACUCCGUCAUCUCCAUUUGGUUCCAAGUGCAGCGCACCUGGACACACCUGGAAAGCAUCUUUAUCGGCUCUGAAGACAUCCGCUCACAACUGCCUGAGGAUUCAAAGCGCUUCGACAGGAUUGAUACUGAGUUUAAGGAAAUCAUGACUGAUGCAGUUAAGACAACAAAUGUGAUCGAAUCUACAAAUAAGAAAGGUCUUCUAGGGAAGCUGGAGAGUUUAGAGGCUGGGUUGGCAAAGUGUGAGAAGGCUCUUGCUGAGUAUUUGGAGACCAAGAGGCUGGCUUUUCCCAGAUUCUACUUUGUGUCCUCUGCUGAUCUUUUAGAUAUAUUGUCCAAUGGAAACAACCCUAUUGAGGUCAGCAAGCAUUUGUCCAAACUGUUCGACAGCUUAUCAAACUUGAAUUUCAAAUCGGAUGAAAAUGGCAAACCUACAAAAGAGGCUGUCGGAAUGUACAGCAACGAGAAUGAAUAUGUCAAAUUUGAUAAGGACUGUGACUGCUCUGGACAGGUGGAAAUGUGGCUGAACAGGGUGUUGGAGAGAAUGGUAGAAACACUGAGGGCUGAGUUUGGAGAAGCCGUCCAAGCUUAUGAGGAAAAGGCCAGAGAGCAGUGGCUGUUUGACUACCCUGCACAGAUUGCUUUAGCCACAACUCAGAUCUGGUGGACAACUGAGGUGGGGAUUGCCUUUGCAAGGCUGGAGGAAGGAUAUGAAAAUGCCAUCAAAGAAUACUUCAAAAAACAGGUUACCCAGCUCAAUGCCUUGAUCACACUGCUUAUUGGAGAGCUCAGUAAGGGCGAUCGUCAAAAGAUCAUGACCAUUUGUACCAUUGAUGUUCAUGCUCGAGAUGUUGUGGGCAAACUAAUCAGCAGCAAGAUUGACAAUGUCCAAGCUUUCAUGUGGCAGUCUCAGCUCAGACAUCGCUGGGAUGACGAGAAAAAGCACUGCUUUGCCAACAUCUGUGACGCUCAGUUCAAAUACUCGUAUGAAUAUUUAGGAAACACCCCACGUCUUGUCAUCACACCACUCACUGACAGGUGUUACAUCACUCUGACACAGUCCCUACAUCUUAUCAUGGGAGGAGCGCCUGCUGGCCCCGCUGGCACAGGCAAGACUGAGACCACCAAAGAUCUAGGUAGAGCACUGGGCAUCAUGGUCUAUGUGUUCAACUGCUCUGAACAGAUGGAUUACAAGUCUUGUGGAGACAUUUAUAAAGGCUUGGCCCAGACUGGGGCUUGGGGCUGCUUUGAUGAAUUCAACAGAAUCUCUGUGGAGGUGCUGUCUGUCAUAGCUGUGCAGGUCAAGUGUGUCCAGGAUGGAAUCCGAGAUAAGAAAACAAUGAUUAACUUUCUUGGUGAGCCCAUUAAAUUGAUACCAACUGUUGGAGCUUUUAUCACCAUGAACCCAGGAUAUGCUGGCCGUGCUGAACUGCCAGAGAAUCUGAAAGCUCUGUUCAGGCCAUGUGCGAUGGUUGUGCCUGAUUUUGAGCUGAUCUGUGAGAUCAUGCUGGUGGCAGAAGGUUUCAUGGAAGCCAGAAUCCUAGCCAGGAAAUUCAUCACUCUCUAUAGCCUAUGUAAAGAACUCCUCUCCAAACAGGAUCAUUAUGACUGGGGUCUGCGUGCCAUCAAGUCUGUCCUGGUGGUAGCUGGAUCUCUAAAAAGAGGAGACCCUGGUCGCCCAGAGGACCAGGUCCUGAUGAGAGCAUUAAGAGACUUCAACAUCCCUAAAAUCGUGAUGGAUGACAUGCCAGUCUUCAUGGGACUCAUAGGGGACCUCUUCCCUGCUCUGGAUGUGCCCAGGAAGAGGGAUCUCGAAUUUGAAAAGUUGGUGAAGCAGUCAGUGUUGGAUCUGAAGCUACAGGCUGAGGAUAGUUUUGUAUUGAAGGUGGUUCAGCUGGAGGAACUGCUGGCUGUCAGACACUCAGUGUUCAUCAUUGGCAAUGCCGGCACUGGCAAAUCUCAGGUGCUUAGGUCUCUGAACAAGACGUAUCAGAACAUGAAGAGGAAGCCUGUGAUGGUGGAUCUGGACCCUAAAGCUGUCACCUGUGAUGAGCUGUUUGGGAUCAUCAACCCUGCAACAAGAGAGUGGAAAGACGGUUUGUUUUCAUGUGUUAUGAGGGACUUGGCAAACGUCACUCAUGAUGGACCCAAAUGGAUUGUGUUGGAUGGUGAUAUUGACCCAAUGUGGAUUGAGUCCCUCAAUACUGUUAUGGAUGACAAUAAGGUGUUGACUUUAGCCAGUAAUGAGCGUAUUCCCCUGAACCCCACCAUGCGACUGGUGUUUGAGAUUAAAGACCUGCGCACUGCCACCCCUGCCACUGUGUCUCGAGCUGGAAUCCUCUUCAUUAACCCUGCUGACCUGGGCUGGAACCCUGUGGUGACAAGCUGGGUAGAGAAACGAGAGGUUCAGUCUGAGAAAGCCAAUCUGUCCAUCCUCUUUGAAAAAUAUUUACCAACCUGUCUGGAAAAGCUCAAAUUCAGCUUUAAGAAGAUCACACCAAUUCCAGAGGUGACACUGGUCCAAACUUUGCUGCACCUCAUGGAGUGCCUUUUGGUCCCUGAGAACACACCGCCUGACUCCAGUAAAGAGCUUUAUGAACUCUACUUUGUCUUUGCCUGCGUGUGGGCGUUUGGAGCAGCUCUAUUUCAGGACCAGCUCACAGAUUACCGUGUGGAAUUUAGCAAGUGGUGGGUGAAUGAGUUUAAGACCAUCAAGUUCCCAUCCAGUGGCACUGUGUUUGACUACUACAUUGACAGAGAGUCUAAAAAAUUCACACCUUGGACAGAAACCGUGCCCAAAUUUGAAUUGAAUCCUGAUCUUCCCCUGCAGGCUUCCUUAGUACACACAGCUGAGACGAUUCGUAUCCGUUACUUCAUGGAUAAGCUGAUGGAGAGGAAGAGACCGGUGAUGCUGGUGGGAAACGCGGGCAGUGGGAAGUCAGUUCUAAUGGGAGACAAACUGCGUAGUCUGGACCCAGACCAAUACGUAGUGCAGUCUGUUCCCUUCAACUUCUACACCACCUCUGCCAUGCUGCAAGCCAUUUUAGAGAAACCGCUGGAGAAGAAAGCAGGUAGGAACUACGGUCCCCCAGGAAACAAGAGUCUGAUUUAUUUCAUUGACGAUAUGAAUAUGCCAGAGGUGGACAAGUACUUCACUGUGGCCCCUCACACACUCAUCCGCCAGCACAUGGACCACAAACACUGGUAUGACAGAAAUAAGCUGACUCUGAAGGACAUACACAACUGUCAGUAUGUGGCUUGCAUGAACCCCACUGCUGGCAGUUUCACCAUUGAUCCACGUCUACAGAGGCACUUCUGCGUGUUUGCUGUGAGCUUUCCUGGCCAAGACGCUCUCUACAGCAUCUACAACAGCAUAUUCUCCCAGCACCUGGACAUGUAUGGCUUCCCUCCAGCGGCAAAGAAGUUCUGCUCAACACUCGUCUCUUCAGCUCUCAUGUUCCACCAAAAUAUUUCAACAUCUUUCCUGCCUACGGCUGUCAAAUUUCACUAUGUGUUCAAUCUGAGAGAUCUUUCCAACAUAUUUCAGGGCUUGUUGUUCUCCACACCUGAGUGUCUGAAAAGCCCCCCCGACAUGAUCCGAUUUUGGCUUCAUGAGUGCAAUAGAGUUUACGGGGACAAGCUAACAGAUGAGAAAGAUGUUGAACUUUUUGAGAAGAUUCAGAGAGAGAUCUGUAAAAAGUGCUUUGAGGACGUAGAUUUAGACAUGCUGUUUGAGAAGCCCAACAUUUAUUGCCACUUUGCACAUGGAAUUGGGGAACCCAAAUAUUUCUCAAUAUCGGACUGGUCAGCACUUGUCAAAUUGUUAACAGAGGCUUUGGACAGCUACAAUGAAGUUAAUGCCGUCAUGAACCUGGUGCUUUUUGAGGAUGCCAUGUCACAUAUCUGUCGAAUCAACCGUAUACUGGAGAGCCCCAGGGGUAAUGCUCUGCUAGUUGGUGUGGGUGGCAGUGGGAAGCAGUCCCUCUCUCGCCUGGCAGCCAGCAUCAGCAACCUGGAGGUCUUUCAGAUGACCCUCAGGAAAGGCUACGGGAUAUCUGACCUGAAGCUGGAUCUGAAUGCUCAGUACAUGAAGGCAGGUGUGAAGAACAUUGGAACUGUGUUCCUGAUGACAGACUCACAGGUGGCAGAGGAGGAGUUUCUGGUGCUGAUUAAUGACCUGCUGGCCUCAGGGGAAAUCCCUGGCCUCUUCCAGGAUGAUGAGAUUGAAAAUAUCAUUGGUGCCAUGCGUAAUGAAGUCAAAGCUGUUGGCAUGCAGGACACUCGUGAGAACUGCUGGAAGUUCUUCAUUGACAGAGUCAGAAAACAGUUAAAGGUUAUUUUGUGCUUCUCUCCGGUGGGCUCCACUCUGAGGGUCCGUGCUCGUAAGUUCCCUGCAGUGGUGAACUGCACCUCUAUAGACUGGUUCCAUGAGUGGCCAGAGGAAGCCCUGGUGUCUGUCAGUGCUCGCUUCCUGUCUGAGACAGAGGGCAUUAUGCCUGAGAUCAAAGACUCCCUCAGCCAGUUCAUGGCUUUUGUUCACAAAACCGUGAAUGAAAUGUCCAAGUCGUACCUCCUGUCGGAUCGGCGUUACAAUUACACAACCCCAAAAACCUUUCUGGAGCAGAUCAAGCUAUAUCAGAACCUGCUCAGUGUGAAGAGAGCAGAACUACUCUCUAAGAUAGAAAGACUAGAGAAUGGACUGACAAAACUGGAGAAUACCUCUGCUCAGGUAGAUGACCUGAAAGCCAAGUUGGCUGUCCAAGAGGUGGAACUCAAACAGAAAAAUGAGGAUGCUGAUAAGCUCAUUGAGGUGGUGGGUGUGGAAACUGAGAAGGUAUCCAAAGAGAAGACUAUAGCCAAUGAUGAGGAGCUGAAAGUGCAAGUCAUUGCAAAGAAUGUGGGUGAGAAGCAGAAAUCCUGUGAGGAGGAUUUGGCUAAAGCUGAGCCAGCUCUGCUUGCAGCUCAGGAAGCUUUAAACACUCUUAACAAGAAUAACCUGACAGAGCUGAAGUCGUUCGGCUCUCCUCCAGAGGCCGUGGUUAACGUCACUGCUGCUGUAAUGAUCCUUCUAGCUCCAGGAGGAAAAAUCCCUAAAGACAAGAGCUGGAAAGCAGCCAAAAACACGAUGGCUAAAGUAGAUGCUUUUCUGGACAGUUUAAUAAACUACAAUAAAGAGAACAUUCCAGAUACCUGCAUGAAGGCUUUCGAACCCUUUAAGAAAGACCCAAACUUCGAGCCAGAUUUCAUCCGCUCUAAAUCCAUCGCUGCUGCCGGCCUGUGCUCGUGGUGUCUGAACAUUGUGAAGUUCUAUGAGGUUUACUGUGACGUGGAGCCCAAACGCCAGGCUUUAGCCCAGGCUAACGCUGAACUGGCUGCUGCUCAGGACAAACUGUCUGUCAUUAAAUCAAAGAUUGAGCAACUGAAUGCAAACUUGGCAAAACUGACGUCUGAGUUUGAGAAAGCAACAGCAGAUAAACUGAAGUGUCAGGAGGAGGCAGAUGCCACUAAUCAGACCAUCUCUCUGGCCAACAGGCUUGUAGGAGGCUUAGCAUCAGAGAAGAUCCGCUGGUCUGAGUCUGUAGCCCAGUUCAGAAUUCAGGAGAAUACCCUGUGUGGAGAUGUCAUGCUAGUCACAGCCUUUGUCUCCUAUGUGGGAUAUUUCACUAAGAGAUUUCGCACAGACCUAAUGGAAAAAUACUGGCUCCCUUACCUGAAAGAUAUGAAGGAGCCCAUUCCCAUCACCGAGGGCCUGGACCCUCUGAUGCUGCUGACAGAUGACGCAGACAUAGCUGCCUGGAGUAACCAGGGCCUUCCCAGUGACCGCAUGUCCAUCGAGAAUGCCACCAUCCUCUGCAACACUGAACGCUGGCCCCUUAUUGUGGAUGCACAGCUCCAGGGUAUCAAAUGGAUCAAGAACAAAUAUGGCGACAACCUUAAAGUCAUCCGUCUAGGCCAGAAGGGUUACCUGGAUAGUAUAGAGAAUGCUGUGUCCAGUGGAGACCCAUUAUUAAUUGAGAACAUCGGUGAGACUGUGGAGCCAGUACUGGACCCACUGCUGGGAAGGAACACCAUUAAGAAAGGAAAGUACAUUCGUAUUGGUGACAAAGAGGUGGAAUAUCACCCAAAUUUCCGGCUCAUCCUGCACACUAAGUACUUCAACCCUCACUACAAACCCGAGAUGCAGGCACAGUGCACGCUCAUUAACUUCCUUGUUACACGAGAUGGGCUGGAGGACCAGCUGCUGGCUGCUGUUGUGGCUAAGGAGAGACCUGACCUGGAGGAGCUCAAGGCGGAGCUGACUAUGCAGCAGAAUAACUUUAAGAUCGUGCUGAAGCAGCUGGAGGACUCUCUGCUGGCACGCCUCUCUGCGGCCUCAGGGAACUUUCUGGGAGACACAGCACUGGUAGAAAACCUGGAGACCACCAAGCGCACAGCCACUGAGAUAGAGGAGAAGGUGCGCGAAGCGAAGAUUACUGAAACGAAGAUCAAUGAAGCCAGAGAGAACUACAGACCAGCCUCCAUUCGGGCUGCCCUGCUGUAUUUUAUUCUCAAUGACCUCAACAAAAUAAACCCAAUCUAUCAGUUCUCUCUCAAGGCCUUCAGUGUGGUGUUUGAAGUGGCCAUUGUACGUGCUGAGCCAGCAGAAGAUGUCAAACAAAGAGUGAACAACUUGAUAGAUGAGAUAACCUACUCUGUCUUCAUGUACACCAACCGAAGCCUGUUUGAGAGGGACAAACUCACAUUCAUUGCUCAGAUUGCUUUCCAGAUACUGGUCAUGAAGAAAGAAAUCAACCCCAUAGAGCUAGACUUCCUCCUGAGAUUCCCAUUUAAAGCAGGCUUGGCAUCUCCUGUUGAUUUCCUUUCCAACCAAGGAUGGGGAGGUAUCAAGGCCUUGGUUGAGAUGGAUGAAUUUAAGAAUUUGGACCGAGACAUAGAGGGCUCAGCCAAAGGCUGGAAGAAGUUUGUGGAGUCAGAGGCUCCAGAGAAGGGUAAAUUCCCUCAGGAGUGGAAGAAUAAGAGCGGAAUACAGAAACUCUGCAUGAUCAGGUGCAUGAGGCCUGAUCGGAUGUGCUACGCUGUGAGAAACUUUGUGGAGGAAAAGCUAGGGACCAAAUAUGUGGAAGGGCGCAGUGUGGAGUUUGCUGUGUCUUAUGAGGAGAGCAGUUCUGCCACGCCUGUGUUCUUCAUCCUCUCUCCUGGAGUAGACCCACUCAAGGAUGUAGAGGCCUUAGGUAAGAAGCUAGGCUUUACAUUUGACAAUGGAAAAUUCCACAACGUGUCACUGGGCCAGGGCCAGGAGGUGGUGGCUGAGGCAGCGUUAGACAGGGCAGCCGAAGAGGGACACUGGGUCAUUUUACAGAAUAUCCAUCUGGUGGCAAAGUGGCUGAGCAGUUUGGAUAAGAGAGUGGAGCGCUACAGUAUCGGCAGUCAUGAAGAUUACCGCGUGUACAUGAGUGCCGAGCCAGCACCAACACCAGAGUCUCAUAUCAUUCCUCAGGGCCUGUUAGAGAACGCUAUCAAAAUCACCAAUGAACCCCCUACAGGCAUGCAUGCCAACCUACACAAAGCUCUCUACCUCUUCAACCAGGACACCCUGGAGAUGUGCUCAAAGGAGUCCGAGUUCAAAGCCAUUCUUUUUGCCCUCUGCUACUUCCACGCGGUGGUGGCCGAGAGGCGUAAGUUUGGAGCUCAAGGCUGGAACAGGUCCUACCCCUUCAAUAACGGAGAUCUCACCAUUUCUGUCAAUGUACUCUACAACUAUUUGGAGGCCAACUCAAAGGUUCCCUGGGAUGAUCUGCGUUACUUGUUUGGUGAGAUCAUGUACGGCGGUCACAUCACAGAUGACUGGGAUCGUAAGCUGUGCAGGACGUAUCUGGAGGAGUAUGUGCGCCCAGAGAUGCUGGAGGGAGACGUACAGCUAGCACCUGGAUUUCCAGUGCCUUCCAGCUCAGACUACAAGGGCUAUCAUAUGUACAUUGAUGAGAUGUUACCAGCAGAAAGCCCAUACCUCUAUGGGCUGCAUCCCAAUGCAGAGAUUGGAUUCCUAACCAUCACCUCAGACAAACUCUUCCGUACAGUCCUGGAGCUUCAGCCCAAGGAGUCGGAUGCAGCUGGAGGUGGUGGAGUAUCUCGGGAAGAAAAGGUGAAAGGCAUCCUGGAUGAGAUUUUGGAGAAGUUGCCAGACAGUUUCAACAUGCUGGAGAUCAUGUCCAAAGCAGAAGAAAAGACUCCCUUCAUUAUAGUUGUAUUUCAGGAAUGUGAGAGGAUGAAUAUGUUGACCAAGGAAAUCUCAAGAUCAUUAAAAGAGCUCAACUUGGGUCUGAAGGGUGAGCUGACUAUCACAACGGACAUGGAGGAAUUGGGAAACAGCCUGUUUCUUGACACGGUUCCAGAGUCCUGGACCAAGCUAGCCUACCCCUCACUGCAAGGUCUCGGCGGCUGGUAUGCAGACCUGCUCCUCCGAAUUAAGGAGCUGGAGACGUGGACGGCAGACUUCUCCAUGCCUGCUGCUGUAUGGUUGGCAGGGUUCUUUAACCCCCAGUCUUUUCUCACUGCCAUUAUGCAGUCUAUGGCCAGGAAGAAUGAGUGGCCACUGGAUAAGAUGUGUCUUGCAGUUGAGGUCACAAAAAAGAACAGAGAAGACAUGACCAGCCCACCAAGAGAGGGAGCUUAUGUCUAUGGCCUCUUUAUGGAAGGAGCUCGCUGGGACACCCAAACCGGAGUGAUCAGCGACGCCCGUCUGAAGGAGCUGACACCAGCCAUGCCUGUCAUCUUCAUUAAAGCCAUCCCAGUGGACCGCCAGGAAACCAAGAAUAUUUACGAAUGCCCAGUCUACAAGACCCGCACACGAGGGCCCACCUUCAUCUGGACCUUCAACCUGAAAACCAAAGACAAACCAGCUAAGUGGGUUCUGGCUUCAGUGUGUCUGCUCCUCAGUGUCUGA